GCGGCGCGUGCCCCCUCGCCCGCGCGGCGCUCCCCGGCGCGGCGCUCCCGGGCGCGCGGGGGGGGGCGGGCGGCGGGGGGCAACGGCGCCAUGGAGACGGUGGACGGCGGCCACCGCGGGACACAAAGGGCGGCGCGGCGGCGACGGGCGGCGCGGCGGGGCCCCAUGGCGGCGGCGGCGCCGGGGCCCGGCCCGGGUGGCGGCGGUGGGGCUCCGCGGUACAGUCUGCUGGCCGAGAUCGGCCGCGGGGCCUACGGCGUGGUGUACGAGGCGGUGUCGGGCCGUAACGGUGCCCGGUUGGCGGUGAAACGGAUCCGUUGCGACGCUCCCGAGAACGUGGAGUUGGCGCUGGCGGAGUUCUGGGCCCUGACGAGCCUCCGGCGGCAGCACCCCAACGUGGUGCGCUUCGAGGAGUGCGUCCUGCAGCGGCACGGCCUGGGGCAGCGCAUGAGCCACGGCAACAAGCGCAGCCAGCUCUACCUGCGCCUCGUCGAGACCUCCCUCAAAGGUGAGAGAAUCCUGGGCUAUGCAGAGGAACCUUGCUACCUGUGGUUCGUCAUGGAGUUCUGUGAAGGGGGAGACCUCAACCAGUACGUGCUCUCACGAAGACCUGACCCAGCAACAAACAAGAGCUUCAUGCUGCAGCUGACUAGUGCCAUCGCCUUCCUGCACAAGAACCAUAUUGUCCACCGGGACCUGAAACCAGACAACAUCCUGAUAACAGAGAAGUCUGGCACCCCUGUUCUCAAGGUGGCCGACUUUGGGCUGAGUAAGGUCUGCGCUGGCCUGACUGCUCGGGGUAAGGAGGGUGGGCAUGAGAACAAAAAUGUGAAUGUGAACAAGUACUGGCUGUCUUCAGCUUGCGGCUCCGAUUUCUACAUGGCGCCUGAGGUCUGGGAGGGACACUACACUGCCAAGGCUGACAUCUUUGCCCUUGGCAUCAUCAUCUGGGCCAUGAUUGAGAGGAUAACUUUCAUUGAUGCGGAGACCAAGAAGGAGCUGCUGGGGACCUACAUCAAGCAGGGGACCGAGAUUGUGCCCGUUGGGGAAGCGCUGCUAGAAAAUCCAAAGAUGGAGCUGCACAUCCCUCAGAAACGCAGGACUUCCAUGUCUGAGGGGAUCAAACAGCUCUUGAAAGACAUGUUGGCUGCUAACCCACAGGAUCGACCUGAUGCCUUUGAGCUUGAAACCAGAAUGGACCAGGUUACAUGUGCUGCUUAAAUUCAGGGCAGGGCAUCGCUGUGCUUUGCAGCUGGAUUUAUUUACCAGGGACCCAUAAUCUCCAUUAUUUACGUGCAACGAGGGAAGUCAAAGACAAGGGAAGAUGAUGAUACAGAAGAUCCCUGGUCUGCAGGAUCUCUGGCAAUGUGAAAUAUUUGGGUGUUACUUUGUUUUGUUGGGAAGAAGUUUUGCUGGGGUGUGGGAGGGGGCUGUAGAGGCCUGUGGAAGAGCACAAACAGGCAGUUAUCAUGCUCGUAAGAAUUUUAAACAAGAUCCAGAGAGCACAGCUGCCCCUGCCCAGCCCUCUCCCUGUCUCCUGUGCUGCCAUUGACUCAGUAGGUGGUUCUAGAGAAGAACUGGUUCCAUAGGGAGGUGACAGUUGGCAGGCCGGCAGCAAGGUGUGCUGCCAGGCACCAGCUCUGAGGUCUGGCUGGGCACAACUUUGGGUUUAAAGCUAUUGUUUUGGCCUAGGGGAAACAGGAGCAAAGUGAUUGCUAGGUUUGCACUGGGAGUGCAGUGCUUUAGGAAAAGUGAGUCUCUUGGACCAUGUGUUGCAACAAGCUAAAUAAUUUCAUAGCCAGGCAGCUUCUGAAUAGGGGGAUGCCGAGCAGGAUGUGAGCAGUUGACAUCAGGAUAGAGUAGCAUAAACAAGCUGGAAAGCCCUUUGGCAAGGCUGGUCUGCUGCUGCAAUAGGCAGACCUUCAUUCUCUCCCAGCUGGAUCUCACUAGUGACUUUUGUUACGGUCUUUCUAUACAGAGGGCAACAGGGAGCCCGUAGGUACGUUUUCAAGUGGACCAUCAUCCACAUACAAGAGAAACAGAAAGUGGUCCACUACUCCAAUUUGUUUAGUGUCAAACUUCAGUUGUUGGGAAUAAUACUUGGGAAAUGAGGAGGUUUGGCCUAAAUGUCUCAUGGGCUGGAUUCUAGCCUUUGGCAACACACUUUUCUCUGCUAGGUAACUAUCUCCAGGAAGCAAAAGGCAAUGCUGCUGUUUAAGUUUAGUUACAGUACAGCUCAGGUAAGGAGAUUGGAACCUCAGGCUGAGCAGUUAAUACUCUACUUCCUUGCCUAUAUUUAGAGCAACACUAAUAUUCUGGGGCUGACCCCAUGUUGAUGGUCUUUAGGCUUUCUCACUGUAAAUGCAAUGUAAAGCACCACCUCUUCUUGACCCUGCAGGUUCUGAAUCAAUUAAAACAUUUCUUACCAGGCUACAUCCCUCGGCAGUGGUCUGGGGAGUGGGCUGGUCUGACACAGCUCUGACAUUGCUCCUGAGCUGCCCAGGUGCUCAGCCCUUGUCACAGCUGGAGCUGGCCAGGGCCACAGGCAGAAGAGGGUCCCUCUGACCCCCUCAUCGCCUGCAUGCAGGCUGCAGCUUUCCUUGUCAUCACUGGAAGGUUCCUGAACUGGCAGCACCUCCCUGUAUCUACCCAGUGUACUUUGCUGACCUCAUGGGAAUGAAUGGAAAUGCAGUCAAUUUGUGUGGGCCAAGGCAGAGCUAAAGCAGAGAUAGGAGGGAGGGGUUUCUUUCCCUUCCACCUAUUCCAGGACACAAAGCUAAGGCUGUUACCUCAGGAAGGCCUGGUCCCUCUUAGGACAACAGUGCCAGGAGGCUCCAGACCAUGUGUCUGUGAGUUGUGAAGGUUUGGACAGCACAAAUACGGUGCCAAGCCCCUGUUCCCACGCUAUUCUUCUGUUUGUUUCUAGGGAUGCCCUGUGGGCUAUGGCCAGCCACAGCCAGACCAUGACUGUACAGACUCCUUCCAGGCUGGUUACUGGGGUUUAAGCAGUUUGGGGUUGGUUAGCAGGCGCUGUGCUCGGCCCUGGCUGCAGAGUACUCUUGGGGGCUUUGGACAGUGCUUUGGCUGCUCUCAUCUCUAACUAGCAGCAGAUCCCUGCAGUGUUAGUGCCAAGGAGCUGCACGCGGGUUUCUCCCCCAGCUCCUGGGGAGGGCUUGCAGAGACCUGCAUCCCACAGGAGGGCUGUGGUGAGACGAGAGCUGAACCCCAUAGUUCACAAGUACAGCAUUAGUGCCCUUCCUCUACCUGACAGAGCCUUUGCUCCUGACUGUUACAACCUAACCUGGCUUGAAUGGGUGCAGUAAGAGGGCUUUACCCUCCCAGCCCUGCUCAUGUGGCUUUCCCUGCUGGAAGGGCCCCUUACUGGGUACUAUGCCCCAAGAGAAGGGAGCUUCCUGGCAGGAGAUUUUCAUGUGUGGAAACCAAGCCUGAAAUGCAGGACAUGGAGAUGGAAGGUGUUGAGUGGGCUGCUCACUGGGACUGCUGCCUCCAGCCAGCUGCCAGCACCCUGCUCUUCUCUGGGGACAGGAGCGAGCCUGGCAGGCAGCGUCUGGGAGGGUUGCCCCUCCAUUGCUGUUUCAGGCCAUCUUCAAACCACAUGUCUCCACCUCAGCUUUUGCAUUGCAGAUGUGUUUUCAAAGCAGCUUGAUGUUAGUGAGCUAGACCAUAGUGCCUUACUUAGGAUUUAGCAAACACUUCCAAGGAUGAAACCUAGGGCUGCUAGCCUUUGGCCAAUGUGGGUGUUUCCCUGAUUAGUUUGUACUUUUAAGAGCAUUUCUCCCUGAUGAUUUUGCUGCUGUUUGUGCUUGACUCCCCAGACUAUACAGGAACCUGCCUUGUGUUUACAGCUCCUAGCAUCUCUUCUUCCAGUUACUUUGGCCCAGACCAGUGCUCCCUCUAGAACAUGGGAACAGGGAACAGCUCAAACCUGUGUGUGCUGUGGGAUGGGGGAUGUUCAGGCUUCUCUUCCCAUCUGGGUCUAUCAGGCAUAUCCUGCUCAGCUCCUGCAGGCUGAACUUCUCCUUCCUCUGUAGGUGUUUUUGGCAUUAGGACAUGCUGCUGGGAAAACUCAAGCUUAGGAAAGUAGUACUGAGCCUGCAGCCCAUUGCCCAGCCUGGUGCCAGGGUGUCUCCAUCUCUUUCUGGCCAGCUGAGCAUCCAGGUGCUGGGAGGGCCUGGUCAGUGUGGGGGGAGCCAAGCACCCUCUCACAAAACCCUGCUGUUCUCUGAGCUUCUGGGGCCCCAGCCAGUGCCUGUGCUGGGGGAUUGAUUGUAUGAAACUGUUUACUUCUGACUAUGCUGUUUACAAGAGGGUUGUGGGGUGGGUGGGGGGAACAAGCCAAGCCUCAGGAGGAUUGGGAAACAUGUUAUCUGCACCAGCCUGCAGCAAGACCGACACUGCCGGCAUCAUGCAGGUGUCUUGGGGAUCUCCUGGCCAGCUUUGGUCCAUGGGGAGGAGAGAGCAGAGAUAGCUCUAGCCUAGAGGAGUUAGGUUAGCUCCCCUUUGUCCCCUUGCUGCUGUGUUCAGCGGUGCUAGUGACAGAUAAGAGUUACCCCUGUGGUCUUCCUUUACUCCUCAGGACCCAGCUCCUUCACAUAUCAGAGGCUCCCAGAGCCUUUCUGGAGCAAUAAGACUUAAAACAAGCAUACCAUCAUUAUGGAAAUCCUCUGUUGUGUGCAUUGUAUGUCUCCUCUGUAUGCAGUACUGAGUCUGGGUUUAAGCCUACCAAGUUUCUUGGGGCAACUGCUUCAGGGCACAAACUGGGACACAUUUCCCUGUGCUUUCUGCAGGUCACAAGAGCAGGGAAACAUGUUGCUGCUUUCCAUUGUUACCCCCAGGCCUGUGCUGCCUAAGCCUCACACUACAGCUGCCCGGGGCAAGGGGGGCUCCUGGUCUCAUUUCAGUGAUGCUGCUGCAGGACAGGCAUGGAGUGCUCAGCCCCGUGCCAGCUCAGCUGUGCUGCAGGAGCAGGCUGUGUGCUUUACAAUGGCUCCUUGCAGCCUCUCAUCCCUUCAGCCAAGGCUGCACAGGUCUGAGGCUUAACAGAGGGGCAGCAUCUGGAAAGUAGAGCCCCUGGCUCGUUGGCAGUUGGAUGCAGCUGAUGCUCGUGCUGCUGCCUCCCUUGCUGAGGUGCUGCCUGGAAGCUGUCAUCAGUGGUGGGGAGAGCUGUGCCGGCGGCUGCUCUGACACUCAGCUGGUAACUGGGCAUGUCCCAGUGUGUGGCCCUUCACUUCCAAAAGCAUUUCACACUACAGAGCAGGGUAUCGGGCUGGUGGGCACAUCUGGAAGGAAAGCACAGGGUCUCUUCCAGCUGCGAUGUGGCAAAUCCUGUUUCUCUGCAGUCUGCCCCAGUGCUUUAACCCUUAAGAGUGAUGUCUAGGUUGCAGUAAGAGCUCGUGGGGGCUGAAAGGGAGUGCUUGGUGUCCUGAUCCUGGCGAUUGUCACCAUCCCUGGCCUUCGGCUCACUCAUCCAGCAAACCCCAGCAGCUUUGCAGAGCCUCUUCCCUGCAAUACCAGGGAGGUGCCAAGGCCUCAGCAGUGCUGGGUGAGCCCUGGGACAGGAGCUCCCUGGCCCAGUCCUAUUCUGGGCUCCCUCUGCUCCCUGCAGCCCCCAUGCUGAGUUAGCAAGAGCAGAAGGCUUAAACCCAGACUCCAAAUUAAAGAUAAUUUUAUUAGUAAAUGAACAUGUAUUUUUCUUUUUUUUUUUUUUGCACAGAAGCUGGUAAUCUAGGACCUAUGUGUGAACAACUUUAUAUAUUUUUUGUACUUGGUUUACUCGGGUUGGUAUGAGAUGUUCUAUUUAAGUUCUUUGAACACUGUGGAUGCCCUGAUGUGUAUGAGUGGCAGAGGCUUUGUAAAUUAAGAGACGUUUGUGUGAAUAAAGCUAUUUGAUGGGGUUGAAAAGCCACACACAACUUGAAACACAA